AUGGUGAAUUCGGGAGCUUCCCCUGUCCAUAGUUUUGCUUCAGCAGUGGACAAUGCGAUGGGUAGUAUUGGUGGAGAUUUGGGAGCAUUUCACGUGCAUGGUUUUGCUUCGGCAGUGAACAAUGCCAUGAUUAGUACUAGUGGAAGUUUGGGAGCAUUGCCUGUGUAUGAUUUUGCUUCAGCAGUGAACAAUGCCAUGAGUAGUACUAGUGGAAGUUUGGGAGCAUUGCCUGUGUAUGGUUUUGCUUCGGCAGUGAACAAUGCAAUGAUUAGUACCAGUGGAAGUUUGGGAGCAUUACCCGAGCAUGGUUUUGCUUCGGCAGUGAACAAUGCCAUGAGUAGUACUAGUGGAAGUUUGGGAGCAUUACCUGUGCAUGGUUUUUCUUCGGCUGUGGACAAUGCUAUAAGAAGUAGAAGUAGAGCAGAUUUGGGAAGAUCCAGUUCCCCCGUGCAUGGUUUUGCUAUGGAAGAUGUUUGUGGUUCAUUCAGACUGGCAGAGCUUGUAGCAGCAACCAACAAUUUCUCGCGUGACAACAUGAUUAGCCAUGGCAGGAUUGGCUUUGUGUACAAAGGCAAACUCUUUGAUGGUCGUGAGGUGGCUAUCAAGAGGGUUGGAACCAGUACUUCAAACAUUAAGGAGUUUCAAAGCAUUACACUUGGGCCUUUAUUCUUGACCAAUUGUCUACACCACAAGCACUUGGUUCGGCUUCUAGGGUUGUGUGAAGAGAAAAGUGAAAGGCUCUUGGUGUAUCAGUACAUGAAGAAUAGAGCGUUGUAUGAUCAUUUGCAUGACAAGAACAAUGUGGAGAAGGGUAGCACUAUGUUGAAUUCGUGGAAAAUGAGGAUCAAAAUUUCUUUGGACGCUUCCCGUGGAAUAGAAUAUAUACAUAAUCAUUUAUAUUCUAUUCACGGAAAUAUCAAGUCCUCCAACAUUCUUCUUGAUGCCACUUGGACGGCAAAAGUAUCUGAUUUUGGGAAGGUAUCAGCAGGAACUAGACAUGUAUUGACAGAAAAGAGUGAUGUGUAUGGGUUUGGAGUUGUACUGCUAGAGCUUUUAACGGGAAAGAAACCUAUACUCAAGAAUGAGGAAGAUGGAAGCACCCGAUUACAUGUGAUAGACUUUGCAGAGCCUGCUAUUUUGGCUGGAGAACUGGUGAAAAUUUUGGACCCAAGGGUUGGACCACCCGGUGUGAAUGAAGUUGAGGCACUGGAGUUAGUGGCCGAUACAGCUAUCCAUUGUGUGAAAAGGGAAGGGAAAGAUAGACCAACCAUGGCUGACAUUGUGUUCAAUUUGGAGAGGGCUUUGGCUACUUGUGGUAAUGGCCAUCGUAGCCCUGAGAAAAUAAUGGGAUUAUUGAUAGCAAUAACCAGAUAA